GUUGGACGCGAGACGCCGUGGACACAUUACUUUUUCAGUAGCUACCGUCAUGUCGGUUUAAUUUAUCGUCGUGAACUUUACCGCACACCACAGUUCCCAAGAAUACCUGGGUUGUCGCCGUAAGCUUGUUUUCGGGAAAUAUAUAACUCUAAUGAGACAGUAAAAAAAAUAUGUUUAUAAAAAAAGUUUUUACUUUUACGAUUUUACUUGUGACUAGUUUUGACUAGCGUAGUCGUACGCCAGUCUAACGUGUAAUGGCGGACGUUCGUGUACUCCGGGACGAUUCUCUUGAUUUUAUGACGCGUUGAAAGUGCUUUGUUAUACAAGUGAAAAUGAUCUGUGAUAAAUCAUCAACAUGCUGGUGAAACGUAAAUUACGUCGUACGAUCUGGUAUCACGAUACGUGAAUAAGUAUCGGUAGGGAACAACCCUCUGCACUUACCACCUUCAUGUGCCACUUUGAGGCUCUAUCCAUUGAUAUCCACACCACUCGUUCCAAUACGUUCGUUGCAUUCGGUUGAACCUUCAACAAGAGAGAUUUACUUUCCAUUAUGAUCUCUGGGCAUUGUUGAGGAAUAAUUAAUUUCCUUGGAUUUGCCAACUUGCCUUCCACUUAGAUUUACCGACAGGAUCUUAUUUGGAAUCUGAGAUAAAGAAUACAUUCCUCUGGGUCUUCUGCUUCUGAUGCAUUUCGCUUCCUCGCAAUUGGACUCGAGUCCUUCUCCGGUUAAUGAAACCGAGAGCCAGCUGGAUCCUUUCGAUUUGACAUUCGUGCCAAUUUCUGGACUGGAAUGUAAUUGCAUCCAGCAUCAGCACGAGACGGAUUGUCGAUGCAGAGGCGACAGCCUGUACUCGAUACCAACGAAUCUGACCGAUUUGACAAUUUUAACGAUAGCCGAAGCUGGUAUUAAGAUUAUUGAAAGGGGCAGUUUAAAUUCGUACUCAAAGACACUCAGAGAUUUGAAUCUGAUUAAUGUCCCAAAUCUUCGUACGCUCGAGUCCGGAGUUUUUCGAAAUACCAUUAAAUUACGCUCGAUAUACAUCUACAGGGCACCUAACCUAACUUACAUCGAGGACGACGUCUUUAACGUUUACUUACCACAGCUGCGUAUACUGAGAAUAAUGGGUACUGGUUUGCUGGCUGUGCCCUAUCUUGGCAGUCUGCGUACAGACAACAUAUUGCAUGUGGUCGAUCUGGAAAACAACCUCAUACAAAACAUCGGCACUGCCUCAAUAAAAGUGAAGGCUGAACAAUUUCUCGUCAACUACAACGAAAUUUCCGUGGUCGACAGUAUGGCGUUCAACGGUUCCGAAAUUGCUAAGCUGAGCCUAAAGGGAAACGUGGCGCUGAGGAAUAUACAUACCGACGCAUUCGUCGGACUCAAAAGCCUACGAAAUCUGGACCUGUCAGAAACGUCUAUUGUAGUCCUGCCGAUAAAGGGUCUUCAAGAUUUGGAUACCCUGAUCAUGAAGGACACCAAGUCACUCAAGGUCUUUCCCUCCAUUUACAAUUUCGAGUACAUCAAGGAGGCCCAUUUAACCUAUCCUUAUCACUGCUGCGCCUUCAAGUUCCCUGCGAAACACGAUCCCGCGGAGCAUAGAAAGCACGAGGAAUUUAUCCUGCAAAUUAAUAAGUACUGUGCACCGAGGCGACGUCGACGUCGCGACGACUGGUGGCAGCUUUCGUUCAACAACUCGAACUCUUAUUUGGACGAGGAGGGACACUUUCAUGACAUGGUCAAAAGCACCGACACCAAAAUAAGCAUCAUGUGCGGAAACAUCACCAGGGAUUACAAGGAUGUCAACUGCGAACCAAUCCCCGACGCGUUUAAUCCCUGCGAGGACUUGAUGGGCAAUUGGGCCCUUAGGAUUGCGGUCUGGCUAGUCGCCGUACUGGCAAUCGUAGGAAAUUUGGCUGUUCUUAUCGUCCUCGUCUCUUCAAGAUUUCGCAUGACCGUACCGAAGUUUCUGAUGUGCAACUUGGCAUUGGCCGACUUGUGCAUGGGCGUCUACUUGAUAUUAAUUGCCAGUACGGAUGCACGGAGUAUCGGCGCAUAUUUCAAUUAUGCUAUUGAUUGGCAAAGUGGUCUUGGCUGUCAGGUCGCAGGAUACCUGACUGUCUUCUCCUCGGAACUCAGUAUCUUUACACUGACAGUGAUAACCAGCGAAAGAUGGUACACGAUAACGUAUGCCAUUCACCUGAACCGUCGGCUAAAGUUAAAAACAGCCGCAAGAAUAAUGGCGGUCGGCUGGAUCUACGCAAGCGCAAUGGCAGCCUUACCGCUAAUUGGUAUAUCCGGUUACGCAAAGACAAGCAUCUGCCUGCCGUUGGAGAAUCGAGACACGACGGAUCUUCUCUACUUGAUAACAUUACUGGUAUUCAACGGUCUGGCCUUUUGGGUGAUAGUCGCCUGUUACGGAAGGAUGUACUGCUCGAUUCGAGGAGGCCAGGAAGUCGUGAUGCCGAUGACACGUUCGGAUAUGACAGUCGCCAAGAGGAUGGCGCUCCUAGUCUUUACGGAUUUUGCAUGCUGGGCGCCAAUAGCCUUUUUCGGUUUAACUGCGCUCUCAGGUUAUCCGCUGAUCGACGUGACGCAAACGAAAAUCUUAUUGGUUUUCUUUUAUCCGCUUAACAGCUGCGCCAAUCCGUAUUUAUAUGCUUUGUUAACACAUCAGUAUAGAAGGGACAUGUUCAUUCUGCUCUCGCGUUACGGUAUGUGCGUAGAUCGCGCUGCCAAGUACAAAGGAGCCAUCGGCGGAAUCCCAACGGCCGCAGGUAUUCGCGUUACCAAUCAAAUAAAACGUAACACGCCGAAUAAUCACAGAGGAUCCGUGUUGACUACGGUUACCAGUGUUGACGUUUCCACGCACAAUAAUAACGUGGCUAGGAUGAACUCUCUCGGUGCCGUUCAGGAACUUCAUCUUGUAAAUAUUAGACCCAACGGUGCUGUUCCUUUGUCCAGGGAGAAUUCCGCGGGUAGAACGAAAUAUUGUAGUACGGCUAACUGAGGUACCUGGAAGGUCGAACGUUUGAGGGGUCGUGGGGUUAAUUGUAUAGGGGUAUGUCAAAUUGAAUGCAAGACGGUUUACUAGAGGAUUGAUUGUCAGUAAGAUUGUGCGCAGGAUGGAUAAAGGGGGUGAAGUAGGAUUUAAAUGUUUUUUUGGUAAAUACAAAGUAUAUGGAUUUAGAAUUAAUGAGCCUGGGACGUAGUAGUGAGGGUUUGCCUGAAACUUUUAAGAAUUUGAAAUUUACAUUAAUGGGUAGAUUAGAGAAUUUUUGUCUGGUCGUGGUAUAAGCGUUUUAUUAAGUACUGGCUUUAUUAAUUGAUUAAGAGAACGUUGCCUCGGUGACAUAAAUGACAAUGGUGGAGUUAAUUGGUUUUAUGAGAGAACGAUUGUGGUUAUUAGAAUUCUGAGUGCACUCGGGUGAAUUGCCUGUAGCUACCAGUCAAGUGUCGGCGGAAGAAUUAAUUAUUGGAGUUCUUAUCGAAGAAGUUGACUUUGGUAAUAGACAAGAAAAAUACAUUAUGCUUGUAAUUCGAGGUGCGGAAGAGCUUGGAGUGGUAUUAUGGAAAAGGGAAAAGUGGCUGGGAAGUAGAUUGUUCGAAUAGAUGCUUUUGUAUUUAUGAAACUGGUGGAAAGGAGAAGAAGGUAAUAAAGUUAAACUAAGCGUUCGGUCGAUCGCAACGAUACUGUAAUUUAGGAUAUAUACUGUAACGUGAUUUUUCGACUCAGGUCACAAGGGCGACUCCACCUACCAAUUUAAUAACGUUCAGGCUUUCUGGUUCCCUUCGAGUCGCCAUCCUGAUCGGAAGCUACGCUCUCGGAUUUGCUAGUACAUUUACGUCAAUGCUCUCGAAAGAAUUUUUACCGUCGAGGUGCUUGAAUCUGCCGUGGAGAGAUAGUCCGGACGUACCGGGUUGCCCGGCAGAGAAAAGGAACCGACGGGGACGUCUCCACAUACCGACAGAGCUCCGGGUGACAUACCGACGCUCCGCUGAAGAGAGACAAAAGGCUAUAGAGCGGAUGGAGAUACAGUUUUGAUACGUUUAAGGGCAGGGAAAGAACUCCCUGACCCGGGUUCAGGAUGCCCAGCUAUCGCCCGAUGACCUGGGGAAGCGGCCGUGGAGGAUCUCCAGGAGUUACUUACCGAUUCGCUCUCGAUUUUCUUUAAAGGGACGACUCGAGGGGAAAAAAUAAGAGUUAUCGGCUAUAAGGAUCUCGACCAAUCGGAAUUAUUAGUUCACGAAUUUGACGGUUGUCAGAGUCAGUCUGUCUUGGGACACCGAUCGGGGUGCCUCGUGCUUUCGGGCUGCUUGUUGAUAGUUUUUCUAGCUGUUUCCUGUACGGCGUAGAAAGUUCUUCUUUGUGCAGUUAUCGCGUUGCUCUCGCAAUAUUACGAAAAUCCUACGGAUUUCCUGCGUCAGUUUCGAUGGUGCAGUGUUGUGCUAUUGUUCAGUGCCGAUCCGAGUGCCCUCUGGAUGCAGUUCUAGGCCUUCACGGAUCAGCUGAGCCAGCUACGGUGAGGAGUCUCGAUUUAUUAAUUGGUGUGGAGGAAUUUCGAUUUUAGAGCUCCGGAUCGGUCUGUUACGUUCUCGAUCAAUUGCUCUCUGUGUUUCGGCACUUUUUACCUGACGCUUACUCCGACCUUCUCUACCUCAAUGCAUUUUCAUUGCUGAUUUUACGCAUUCCUAAAAAUCGACGGGAUCUUCGUUGAGCUGUCGUUUCUGCCGAUAGUCACGUUUUUAUGGAGUUGAGGUUGCUCCAUCUCAACUCCCAGGUCAUAUCGGCUCGUCAGUUCCCGGUGAAAAAGGAAUUGGCCUGCGCCAAAGUGUAUGCCGUGUGUUCUGCCCGCCCUGCAUGCGGACGAAGGGUGAACGGCCGAAGGUGACGUAGGUUAGUUUUCGGAUUUUCGUUAUCGGUGUCCAGUUAAGAAAAUACGUUACAAAACAUAUACAAAUGCUAUUUGUUUUUUUUUUUUGUAUUAUUUAUUAUCUGCAUUACCUGCAUUACUUAUCAAUGCGUGUAUAUACUUAUUCGUGUAAUAAUAACGUUCCUCUUUGAUCGUUCAUAGGUUAGUGUUUCAAUGAGAGGAGACGAAUUCUAGAUUGAUGAAAAAAAUUUGGAUUUUCAAAAAUUAGUUAAUAACCCGAGGAAUAUAAAUGAGGUGAAUCUUGAAAAAUUUUAAUCUAGUCAUUUAUCACAAUGCUAUUGUACAGUUAAGUUACAUGCGCGUAUUUUAACGUAGAUUAAUAUUAGUGUAAAGGGUAAUGAUGAAGGAAAAGACUUUAGCCUUGUCAGGAAUUAAAAAAAAAAUUAAAAUCGUAAUGUAAUUUUUAUUGUUUUUAAAAACUUGUAAAACAAAUUAUUCGAUCUCUAUGAUACAUUGCAGACGUAUUGAUGUUUCCUGAAUUAUUGGUAAUGCACGAAAUUCUGGUAACUUAUGAAACCUUUGAUAACGAUGAAGCACAUAUCUCUCUGAUAGAUCGAAUCAAUUGCGAGGAACUUAGUAAUUGCGUACGCAAUGUCUUAACGAUAAUAAAAUUUAUAUAAUUACGAAAAUUCGAUGUCUGCGGUCCAUGGUACAAAAAUAAGUUCUUUAGAAAUUGCAAAUUUCUAAUGUAUUAAAAUAUCAAGUUUGUAUUUCAACAUUCUCCAUGUCCUAGAGUAGCAAUAGACACGUACCACGUUCUUAGAUGCCAGUUUGCAUUUACUGUGAUUAAUGAUAAAGAAAAACUAAUAAUCAUUACAAUAAUGACCAUAGUAGCCAAUUUUUGUUAUUCGAUAUCAUUCCGAAAUUAUUAUUUUAAUAUCGUCAUGUUUUUGUAUCAGAAAGUACGUGAUUCGUGAACAUUGUUAUAUAUAUAUAUAUAUUCGUUAAAAUUGAUGAAACGUAUAUUAGUUUAUAAAAUAAAAUGUGAAACAUCAAUGUAAAUUGAUAUAUUUGAAUUUGAAAGACAAUGAAAUUUUCAUCCAUAAUGUUUCUAGUACAAUCGACGACUUUAGAGUUUCUAUAUACGGAAUAAUUAUUAUUCCAACAUACUUUUGUUGGGGACCAGACGUUUAAACUAUGCAUACAAUAAUGUAUAAUAGCGAAUAACCAAAUAAUAUAACUCGUAAUAAAAAGAUACGAAAGAUAACCGUACUUAACUAUUACAGUAUCUGUAUUAUAAUAAUAUUAGUCACGCGCUACCGUAAUGCAGCAAACGACGAGCAGUUAAGUGAUGUAAGAACAGACAUAAAACAAUUUUAGAAGAUGUUUUGUAAACGUAAAUUAUUAUAUUUCUUGUAUAUAAAGCAAAACUACGCCAAGAUAAUUUCACGUAGAAAAAGAUCUAAAUCUAUAAUGCAUCGUGUACAAUAUAAUAAAUAUAUGAUAGACGUUAAACGUAA